CUGUGAGGGAACCUGAAGUACCACCCACAACCGUGAAAAACAUCGUCCCGGCUUCAGCUCCAACGGCCCGAGUUUCACUCAAUUGGACUCAGCUGUAAGACGGUCUACGAGCUCUCAUCUCUACCACGGAUUCUCUUCCAAUCAACGUUAUCCCCCUGCGAUACUAGCCUAUGCAUCAGAACCCACUUCAGCUGCAUGGGCACAAGCUCAAGAGCAGUAUCGAGAAUGGCAGCAUUCGGGGGCUCCGAUACAACGCCAGCAACCAAACGGUAGAGCUCGAGGAGACGCCAAAUGCAAGCGUGAGGGAAGCUAGAGCACCAGUCAAAACCACGGGCAAGACAACCCCAACGACGAAAGCAGCUACAGCCAAGGCAGAGCCGUCAAACCCUGGCUCGCCCGAUUGGACGCGCCUCUCAAGAGACCUACGAGCGUUGACAAUCGCCCAAGGGCCACUCUCACUCUCUGAAGUCGCCCGGGCGUACAUGUCCAAGUACAACAAAGAUCUCAACUUGCGUGGCCACGGUGUGAGAGCCAGUCUCGUCAAUGGUGACCUGCAUGGGGUCCGAUACAACGCGAGCACCGGUAAGCUCGAGGUCGACGCCACGCGGGGGGGGGCUACCCGGGCAACGAAAGCGCCAGCCGCACUCCAGCCGGCAAAGCAGCGAACCCGGAAAGAAACUGCCGUAGCAAAGCGCCAUGCUGCCGUCGAGGGUCAGACACGACCCGACUCGGACGUUGGUGAACGCCAACGAUCGGCACCGGUCACAGAGGAGACUUCUGCCCCGACCCAACCCCCCUACCUCCUGAUCGACAGCCCGAGUUCUUACAUUGCGGCGCUGGCCACCCUUUCUCUCGACGGAGCUCUCGGUCGCACCCUGCAGCAGGUCUGCAUGGGGAGCACGGUAGUAGUGCACCUCAGCGGGCGCCAGCUUGGGGCUGCAAACGGAUCUAUUUCGCUCAUCAAGCUGCAGGUCGUGGGAACAAUGUCGCAUCCGCCGGUCCUCUUCGACGUUGUCGAGCUCAGCAAGACCGAGGAUCACCAGAACAUGUUGCGGAAGAAGCUGUCCCCGCUGUUCGCAGACCAGCGGUCGACCAAGGUGGUAUACGACUUCAGCAACAGCGCGAUUGCUUUACGGCGUCAAUUUGGCGCGGGGUUCACGAUUGGUAGAAUCCUGGACCUCCAGCUGGCCUCUGAAGCUCUCCACGGGCACUUCGGAGCGGAUAUUGUGACAGUCUUGACAGCUUUCGGGCAGCCGGCUUCGUACAAUGACGCCGCCUUCAGGGCACUCAGCUGUGAAGAAGCGUCAACCAUGAGGCGACCCAUUGACGCGACAACAUUGGGCUUGGCAGCACAGCCAGUCAUAUCGCUUGCUAAGGUCACGGAAAGCGCCAUCUUGAGUCUAUCCAAGGAAGGGCAGAAGGACAUCGUGCUGGAAGCUUCUCAGCGUAUGACAGAGUUCGCCAUGUCCUCCGGGAGGCAAGACACGCGGAGGGUGGCGUUUCGCAACCACGGUUCUUGCUGUGGAGGCGGGGUCGGGAGAAUUCUGACAAGCUUCGACCUCAAGCAGGCCCGAGAAAGGGGCGGGCUAUCGGCUCCUUCACGACAGGCGCUGUCCUCCAACGCGACACCUGCCAUCUUCGACGACACCAACCCAACGUCGGCCCUUGACAGCUCGAAGCAGAGCGAUGGCGUGGCGCAAGACCCCAACUCUCCCCACGAGAUUCUGAAACGUAUUCCCGAAGAAUUUCUCGAAGAAUACCUGACAGAAAGUCACCUGCAGAACCUACAGGAUCUGAACGAGCUCGUUCUCGACGAAGGAAGGAGGCCCUACGCCACUCUGCAAGGGCGCGGAAAGCUGUUCCUUUGCAGCGACAAGAGCGUGGUCGUGACCAAAGAACACAUCGAUAUGGUCGUUGGGCGGCUCGACCUCGAAGACAAGUUCGCGGGUGACAACCGAGCGGGCGUCCCGGGGCAGUUGCACCGCAUCAGCGUCAUGAGGAGCAGGGAGGCGAGGCGAAUCUUCGGCGUGACUUUGCGGAUCGGUCGUUACUUCUCGGGUAGUGCAAGCUUGGUCGACGACGUGCUCUUCCACGUGCAGGGCAGCCCCGACAAGCCCGAGCGUGCUGCUUCUGUCCUUGUGCUGGGCAAGCCAGGGUCUGGCAAGACCACGGUGCUCCGCGACAUCUGCCGAAAGAUCUCCCAGGAGCAGACCGUGGUGAUUGUGGACACGAGCAACGAGAUUGCUGGCGACGGUCACAUCCCUCACCUCGCGGCCAUCGGACAGAGCCGGAGGAUGAUGGUUCCGAACAAGGCAGGCCAGCACAAUGUGAUGAAAGAGGCGCUUCAGAACCACACGCCCCAGACGAUUGUGGUGGACGAGGUAUCCGACAAGAACGAGGCUAGGGCAUGCUUGGACAUCAAGGCACGAGGCGUCCGUGUGGUGGCAAGUGCUCACGGAGACUUGCAAUCGCUGCUCGAGAACCCAGAACUCAAUACUCUGGUCGGAGGCACAACAAGUGUAACCCUAGGUGAUGCGAUGGCCAGCGCUACCAACGCGGGAAACAAGAUUCAGAGGCAGCGAGCCGGUGCACCGAUCUUUGACACGAUCGUAGAGCUAGAGCGGGGGCAAGUGAACAAGUGGACCAUCGUGAGGAAUGUCGACCUCGCUGUGGACGCUAUCCUGAGCGGGAAGCCGUACAAGGUGGAGCAGAGAACCCGCAUCCCGCACGACUCGGGCCUCCAACAAGCGGGUGCUGACCCCGAAGAUACGGCUUUCCUUCUCAAGCACGCCUACGCGAUGGAAAAGCUCAAGCAGUACUACUGAUUAGAAGUCGUUCGCAGGGCGACAAAGGGGAUAAUGGUCCUUGAACUUGAAUCUUUGAAUGCCAAGGUACACCGUGGAUACGUACACCAGCCUUGGCAGAGAUGAGACAGGUUUUUGGAGUACGCUGUGGUGUGUCCGAUUUUGUGUCUGAUUUGCGAACCCCCGUUGAUUUGCAGACUGCCGGAGGCAGAGCUUAGCGUGAGCUGAAAAUGCAUGGCUGUUCAGUAUAGAACGGAGGGAUUCGGUUGGGAUUUUCGAUCGAAGCGCAGCUUGAAGGUAGGGGUGUGUUUGUUGUAAAGAUAACAUUGAAGGUCUCACACGAUUGAUGCCAUCAGGGUGGGUACCACAGUGUUACAAAUAUUGAUCCUGAAGUGGGGUGGACUGAAUGUGUUAAACUGACGAAAUAAAAAGGGUUUGACAACGCGGUCUCUCACAGGGAUGGGGGGGGGGGGGGGGGGGGGUAGAUUUGAUGCACAUGGUGCACCAAAGACGGCGCGUAUCUACAUAACACGUCUACACGAAAUUAAGCAGCGCAUGAGGAGCGUACAAAACACCAAGAUUCCUGGGAUUUGGACGCCACUGAACAAGUGGCCACAAACGAGGAAGUGACAGUAAAAGCAUCAAGGCGUGAGCGUGAAAAUACUUAUGACAAGCAGCAACCGGCUCAGCUCACCUUAGCGUAGUCGAAGCACAGGUUUUCGAGUGAGCAACGUCCAACGUNNAAAACACAGCGGGGGUCACAGGGAUGGGGGGGGAGAUGAAUCGAUAGCAGUUUGUCCGACGAUGACGAGAGUAGUGCUAACGUGUGCUUUUUUCCCCGUUCGACAACGAGAGGCGUUCUCAAGGGUGUGCCUACGACCUACUCUAGUUUUAUUGACAGUUGCCAUCUUGCAGGCCCGCUGUUUUCUGUACGUCCCACGAAAAUCACCCAGACUUGACUAAAGGUGUAGACCAAACCCAGGGAUCCAGCGUGGAUGAGAUUAUCAAACACAGAAUAACGACGACGACCAAUCGAGUUUUGUGUAGGACUUGCUGUUUUCUUUUACGUCCCACGAAAAUCACUUACUGGUAGAUUACAGUGAAGGUGUAGUCUAGACCAAACCCAGGGGUCCCGCGUGGAGGAAAUUAUCAAACACAAAAGAACGACAACGACCAUUCGAGUCUCUGCUCAGUACCUUCUAACGUCCGUACCGCCCCAACUGACGAAGAUACUACAGACAAAUGAAAUAGAGCCGGUUCACGCGUGAGGAACAGUCCUUCCGUUUGACGAUUGUGCUAAGUACGACUCAAAGACGGGAAUCACCGCUGAGCAAUCUUCGUGGGAUAUUCCGCACCCACCCUCAUGGAACGGGAAACGCUUCGACUACUGUUAGGUGCGCAGAGUUAGUUCCGCCGCCGGAGGAUCUACCAAUUCUUCUGGGGGGGGGGGAGGAAAGUUCAUCCACGAGCAGAAUCUAAUGGGGUACUGAGUAUGGCCCUGUGUGUGUCGUGUCAACAUGCGUGUCGUGUCAACACACACAACCUGUAUCUUCGAUGCUGCUCUGCGCAUACAAUCCGCGCAUCUUACCGCUGGCCCCCCGUAUGCGCACGUCCCACUUGUCCACAUCGUCGGAAUCGCAAAAAGGCGCAGUACUUCGCCACGUUUACUGCUGUGUCGAGGGUUACAAAUCGACCGAUGGAUGUGUCCUGUGUCAGGUUCUAGUCUACAGUUUUAGAAAUGGUUCAUGACUUGUUGUUUGUUCCUCCUCGGGUACGUUGGGGCACGAAUGGAUCGGAUUGGCUGGUCGGUAUUGGGCCGCGUUCCACUCGGGGGGAUCAUUGGGCAUUCGACCCGUUCACACUGCACACACGUGAUCAAUCCACUGCUGUUGAAACUGCUUCAGUCAGGGUGGCAGGAGUGGGGACAUUCUUCCUGGGAACCUGACAGCGGCAACGGCAGCAGCGGCGGCAUCCGGCGAGGAGUCAACUGCUCUUGUGAUGCGCGUGUAGCCUAGCCUCGACGGUGCUAGCUGGGUCUGCCCUCCCCAUGAUGGCAUCUGCUGUGAUGGCGAGGACAACAGAAACAUCGCUGACAAAAGAAGGGUGACUUCACUGGCACUUGCAACGGCGACGGGCGGGGUAACAGCUACAAGCAGGCGGGCACGACCGCCACGAAGGUCACACGAUACCGAAGGACAGGGUUGUAUAGAUACUACCCGAGCGCUGUACAAGCUAGCUCGACAACGGCUGCGCCUAGCUCGGUGUUGAGCGAGCAGAAAUCUUGCACAAGAACUCUUGGAGCCAACAGCCAGAUGAAGCACAAGCAGCUGGGGCUGGGUUGGUUUUCGGCAAAGCAACCGCCGCCGCCGCCAGCACCGCCAUGGCCACCGCCACUGCAGAAUGCGGUCACCAAAAGCGGUACCGGGCCAGCAAGAGCCACACGCCUUCCAACGGGCACACGCAAUCGGUGUCUUGCUAGCUAUCCCCUUGUGGUGGUGCUUUGUGUUUGGGGUCGCAAGGAAGGUGGCCUAGUGGCGCCGAUUUGAUGUGAUGGUGCUUUUUGAUCGGGGUCGCAACGAAGAGAAGGCAGGGUCAUGUGUUUCAUGCAAUGUAGGGAAGAAUAGCUUCGUGGCGAGCG